GGCUACUUGAGCUCCAACACAAAAAAUUCAACUGAAAAAUGUCUUAUUCACUUUGUCGAACAUGAAAAUGUAUAGUACUUACAGCCGAUUGGUGUGCUUGUAACAUACCAAAGUUACUAUAUACUCCUCUUACUCAUAAUACACGAAUCCAGAAAAAAUGGAAUGCUCACAUGGAAGGAUCAUCAUUCGACAAUGUCAGUAUGAUGGAGCUUUGUGUACAAGCAUGUGCCCUGCAUAUUUUCAUUCGGAAAACCUCCGAAAUCCUUAGCUACUUACACGUGUGUUCCAUCACAUCCCUUACCUUCUACAUUUUAGCUAAUAUCUGUAAAACAUUUUUCCUAUCUGUACUGUUAACAUUCACUACCAACACAAUAUGCGCUCUUGAUUGCAUGGAAACAUACCAUGUUCUUGUUCUCAUGGAUUCUGCUUCUUUGUCCACAACUUGUGCUAACGGAUUGACUUUGAAAAAUCAUCUCUUUGUUCGAUUCAAGCGUAUUACUCUUCAAGCUUCAUAGUAAUCACACUGCUCAGCGCUUUCAAACAUCCAG